UGGUCGUGUGUGUUAUUUUAACAUGGAAACAAUACAGUAGGCUACAGGUUCUGGUCCAAACCAGACAGACAGACCGCCCGUCUGACACAACGGUUGUUUAAAUGUGUUAAUGUCGCUGUAGUUUUAUGGAACAGACAUGACGAAACUAAAGGUUUCAUCACAGACGGAUCAACAAUGUUUAAACCAGGGGGGGUUAUGGGACUCUGUGAAGAAGGCAGCCUUCAUCAUUGGGUCUGGACUCUUCUUCCUCGUGGCGUUUCGGAACUCUGUGAUGUGGCACCUGCAGCGGUUCUGGGGUGCAUCUGGAGACUUCUGGCAGACCCAGUGGAGUAAACUGCUGCUUCACUAUGAAGGCAGCGAGGCCACACUCUUCUUCCUGGGGACCAUGCUGGUUCCCUGGGUCAGUUUCUGGCUGCUGAAUGCACUUUUUAUGGUGGCUGACUCCACUGGAAAACCAACCUUCAUCACACGCUACCGCAUCCAGCAGGACAAGAACAGCCCGGUGGACCCUGAGCGUCUGCGUAACGCGGUGAAGACGGUGCUGAGGAAUCAGAUCUUCCUGUCGGUGCCUCUGGUGGUGAUGACCUACAUGGUGAUGAGGGCCCGAGGGGACCCCAUGGCCCCUGAGCUCCCCCUCUUCCACUGGGUCCUGCUGGAGCUCAGCCUCUGUGGACUGAUAGAGGAGGUGUUCUUCUACUACUCACACAGGUUGGCCCACCACCCUACCUUUUAUAAGCACAUUCAUAAGAUCCAUCAUGAGUGGACGGCUCCUGUUGGUGUAAUCGCCCUCUAUGCACAUCCUGUGGAGCAUGUGGUGUCCAACAUGCUGCCUGCUCUGGUAGGACCCAUUCUGCUGGGCUCCCACCUGAGCACCACCUGCCUGUGGUUCACUGCCGCCCUGCUGGUCACCACCAUCUCCCACUGCGGCUACCACCUGCCCCUGCUGCCCUCACCAGAGUUCCACGACUACCACCACCUCAAGUUUAAUCAGUGUUUUGGCGUUCUGGGUGUGUUGGAUCGUCUGCACGGCACAGAUGACAAGUUCCGCCAGACCAAAGCCUACGAGCGCCACUCUCUCCUACUCGGCCUCACACCCCUCGCACACACCAUCCCAGACCCACCCAAGAAGUCUCAGUGAGACACACACACACACACACACACACACACACACACAAAUGCUCUCAUUUCAGCAAUCUCAAUGUCAAUGUAGAUGUAAGCAUACAAACCUGUCUCCACACACACACACACACACACACACACACAGAGCUAGACUGGAAGAAACCACUUCAGUGAACAUUCAAUCAUUUUACUAAGGAUACACUCAUUGACACUAUUGAGAAGGUGUUUUUUUUUUAAUUGCACUUAAUUUAGUUUGUACAGAUGGCCUGAAUGAUAUGUCAUUUGAAGAAGAGGACCUGUUGAGUAGAUUUUUCCUGUAGUCUUGUUCAGGUUUUUAAAGUCCCGAUGUCAUGGUCUUUGUAAUGCAAAUUCAAUCUUUUACUGCUGAACAGUGUAUUUUUUGAUUAAAAUAUUUAAUAUCUGA